AUGCACCACAGCAUCUGCAACAGCAAAUCAAGAAUGAAGCCAACCCUAGUUCUUGCUCUCACCUUCCUCCCCCUUCUUGCUUUUCUCACCAACCUUCCUUCAGCUUUCUCAGGUGAUGUUGAACAAGUUGUGGACGUGAAUGGAGACCCCAUUUUUCCAGGUCUCAAAUACUACAUCAUCCCAGCAAUCCGUGGCCCACCUGGUGGUGGAUUGAAACUUGCCCAAACUGGAAACUCAAAGUGCCCUCUCACUGUCUUGCAAGAUUAUUCAGAAGUCUUCCGUGGCUUCCCUGUCAGAUUCACCAUACCUGGAGUUAGUCCUGGAAUCAUCUUCACAGGUACCCCACUGGAAAUCGAGUUCGUAGAGAGCCCAUGGUGUGCAGAAUCCUCGAAGUGGGUGGUGUUUGUGGACGAAACAAUCCAGAAAGGAUGUGUGGGAAUUGGUGGUGCAGAAGGGCAUCCAGGUCAACAAGUAUAUGGUGGCAAAUUUCACAUUGAGAAAUACAAAUUUGGGUACAAACUCGUUUUCUGCAUCAAUGGCGCACAAGCUUGUUUGGAUAUUGGGAGGUUUGACGCAAAGAACGGUGAAGAUGGAAGACGCUUGAAUCUCACUGAGCAUGAAGCCUUUGAUAUUGUGUUCGUGGAGGCUUCUCAAGUUGAUGGAGUUAUUAAAUCCGUAGUUUGA